AUGUCGUCUGCUGUCCUACCGUCGAUAUGGUUUCUGUCUGCACCUGGAAAGCCAUCCAAGCAAGAAGCUGUCGCUUCUCUCAAGGACGCUAUUGCGUCCAAGAAUGCUGACUAUGCCGAGGUGUUCCCAUACACUCUGCCUGACUUUAAAGUCGGCACUUUGGAUACGUUGGUAGUGCUCUCUGAUGACCUGGCUAAAACUGACCAAAUGCUAGAAGCCAGUGUCGUCAAGAUUGCAGAUGGUCUCAAAGGCUUGCUCAACCAGGAUUUAGUUCAGUGGAAGUCCAGUCUGGUUAUUGGAGACAAGAAAAUUGAGACUUAUCUCAAGUCUUUUCAGUGGAAUAGCAUGAAAUAUCGAUCUGACAAGACUCUGCGUGAGAUUGCCGACACAAUCAUACAGGAGGUUAGCUCAAUUGAUACAUUGAUGAAGACUAAAUCUCAGGUAUAUUCUCAGGUCAAGGGUGUAUUGCAGGGAAUUCAACGUAAAUCCAGUGGAAACCUUGCUGUACGAACACUCGGAGAUGUGGUCAAAAAGGAAAUGUUUGUGCUGGACUCGGAAUACAUGGCAACGUUGCUUGUUGCUGUUCCCAAACACUCUACCAAAGAAUGGUUGAGCGAUUAUGAAACACUUACUCAAAUGGUUGUACCUCGAUCUACAGUUAAAAUUGUAGAAGACGACGAGUAUGUGCUGUUUUCAGUUACAUUGUUUCAGCGAGUCAUUGAAGAAUUCUCCAACAAGGCUCGCGAACGCAAGUAUAUUGUUCGUGAUUUCAAAUGGGAUCCUGAGCGACUUUCAGCUGAUAAGAAACAGCUAGCUGACCUGACUGCUGCCGAGCGUGAGCAAUGGUCAACAUUGCUCAGACUUUCAAAAACCAAUUUUGGAGAACUGUAUUCAUGCUGGAUACAUAUCAAGGCACUCCGAUUGUUUGUUGAAUCUAUUCUACGAUAUGGUCUACCACCCAAUUUUCAACCCAUUACUGUCAUGGCUAAACCCAAACACGAGAAGCGUGUUCGUGACACUUUCAAUAAACUCUAUGCCAAUGCAGACGGAUCACAAAAGUCUGGCGACGCUGCUGCUGCUGCCGCUGCUGCAGACGCAGGUAUGGAUGAAAACAUGCAAAUGCUACUUGGCGAAAAGGAUUAUUGUCCUGCUGUGAUCUUCCCUAUCAAUACCAUUGGCUAAAUACAUGAUAUGAGGAUUUAGCAUUUAUUUGGAUGAAAAUAAAA